CCCCGGCACGGCCCCCGCGCCGCGCCCCGCCGGAGCCGCCGCUCGCCAUGGGCUCCCGCCUGUCCCUGGACGACUCCGUGCGGGUCGUGGUGGUCGGGGGCGGCUUCGGAGGGACGGCGGCCGCCAGCCUGCUCAAGUCCUGGGCCGUCCCUUUCGUGCUGGUGGACGUGAGAGAUGCUUUCCAUCACAACGUGGCCGCGCUCCGGGCCGCCGUGGAGAGCGGAUUUGCCAAGAAGACUUUCAUCUCCUACUCAGUCACCUUUGGGGACAGCUUCCGACAAGGCAAGGUCGUGGCCAUAGACCCUGGGAGGCAACAAGUUGUGCUCAGUGAUGGUGAGGAGCUUCACUACUCCCAUCUCAUUCUUGCAACAGGCAGUGAUGGGCCAUUCCCUGGGAAGUUCAACCAAGUCAUUGACAUGGAAAGUGCCAUCCAGACCUAUGAAGACAUGGUUAAAGAGAUUGAGAAAUCUCAGCGCAUCCUGGUAGUGGGAGGUGGUGCUGCUGGAGUGGAGAUGGCUGCCGAGAUCAAAACGGAGUACCCGGGCAAAGAGGUCAUCCUCAUUCACUCAAAAACUGCACUGGCUGAUGUGGAGCUGCUACCCAGUGUCCGCCAGGUGGUAAAAGAGAUUCUCCUCAGGAAAGGAGUCCGGCUUCUGUUAAGUGAAAAGGUCAGCGACAUAGAAAACCUCAGGCCAAACCAGUUCCAGAAAGACAUGGUAGUGAGGACAGAGAAGGGCACCGAGGUGGUUGUUGACAUGGUGGUGCUGUGCACAGGGAUAAAGAUUAACUCUUCUGCAUAUGCUGCUGCAUUUGGUGACAAAAUGGCAAGUAAUGGUGCUUUGAAAGUUAACAAGCACCUCCAGCUGGAAGGCUACGAGAACAUCUAUGCCAUUGGGGACUGUGCAGAUGUCAAAGAGCCCAAGAUGGCCUACCAUGCUGGGCUCCACGCCAACAUCGUGGUGACAAAUAUCAUCAACAGCCUGACACAGAAGCCUCUCAAAACCUACGAGCCAGGGUCACUAACAUUCCUGCUUUCCAUGGGCAGGAACGAUGGUGUAGGCCAGGUGAAUGGUUACUAUGUGGGACGUCUCCUGGUGACCAUUGCCAAGAGCUGGGAUCUGUUCGUCUCCAAGAGCUGGAGGACGAUGGGACAGACAAUGCCCUCUUGAGAGGGCACCAGUAACAAUCCAGCACGGAGUACAGCAACUGGAAGGGGGUGAGGGUGCACAUCUAUUGCUUGGACUGACUGAUAUUGUCCUCUGCAGCACCUCCUCAGGCCACCUGUCACCGUGACACAUAAAAGGGGUGCCUGCCUUGCUGUGAAGGGGAAGGAGGCACUUCCCAAAUGAGCUGCACAGAAGUUCCCACAAUAAAAACCAAUGAAGAAAAGUUUCUUUUACUCCCUCGCUGAGAGAGCUCUGAGCAACAAGCUUGGCUUACCUUGAUUUGUAACAAUAAACACUGUGGUUUUCAGAA